GUUUGAAUAUACAUAUAGAUUAUAGACUGGUAUAUUCUGCUAAAAUUCUGUGUAUAUAUAUAUAUUCUGAUACAUUUAUACAGUAAACGGCGUUUGCUACAUUUGAUGUAAACGACUGGUACCAUUUUAGAAAAGAGAAAGUUAUAUAUAUACAAUUUGAAAAUUACCAAACUAAGUAUGUGUGAUUUUGAAACGUUACUCAUAACAAGUUAUUCAUAAAAUUAUGAAUUCCUCUACUUUGUCAUCUGGAAGUUUGAGCCACUCACCGGGACAAAGAGCUUCGGAAUCUCAGGAUUCAGAACUAACCUCUGUUGGGAAUCAAACUUCGAAAAUUUUGAAUCAAAUGAAAUCCGAGUUACAGGAGCAAAAGCAACAGGAUCGUCUACUUCGAGAAUUACACUUAAAACGCGUUCAAUCAUUAAGGAAAGAAUUGGAUUACAUUAAGGCAACAGAGUGGAGAUACCAGUCAAUUGAUCGGUAUAUCUUAAUUAUUCGAAGUUUUUAAGUUGCAAAUACCUUUUUAUAUACAAUGUUUACGUGAAUUUUAAUGACAAAAAUAAAUUUUCAUAGGUACAUGGAUAGAUAUAAUAGAAAUUAAAUAUGUUUUCAUUUAUAUGUACCCUUAUAAAGUAUGCUAUAGGA